GUGCUUGGGGGCGGGGCCACAGCCUGCCGGGCGCACGGGCUCCGUGGAUUGGUGGAGAGCCGUAGGGGGCGUCACGUGGUCGGGGCGCGUUUGUUUGCGGAAGUAGGAGGGCCGAGAGGUGCUGAGUAAGCCGAGUUUUCUAGCCUCCGAUUCUGGGUUCACCUCCAGCUCCCACAGAUGACCUGGAAGCUGGUGACAGGGAGCCUGUGACCCAGAGCCAGGGGGCAGGCCGGGGCCCCCCCUGCCCACGGAGGAUGCAGUUCUUCGGGCGCCUUGUUAACACCCUCAGCAGUGUCACCAACCUCUUCUCCAACCCGUUCCGGGUCAAGGAGGUGUCCGUGGCUGACUACGCCUCCAGUGACCGUGUUCGAGAGGAAGGGCAGCUGAUCCUCUUCCAUAAUGUUUCCAAUCGCACCUGGGACUGCAUCCUGGUCAGCCCUAGGAGCCCACAGAGCGGCUACCGACUCUUCCAACUGGAGUCGGAGGCUGACGCCCUGCUGCACUUCCAGCAGUACUCUUCCCAGCUGCCCCCCUUCUACGAGAGCUCCGUGCAGGUCCUGCACACGGAGGUGCUGCAGCACCUGUCCGACCUCAUCCGCAACCACCCCAGCUGGACGGUGACGCACCUGGCGGUGGAGCUGGGCAUUCGGGAGUGCUUCCAUCACAGCCGCAUCAUCAGCUGCGCCAACAGCACGGAGAAUGAGGAGGGCUGCACCCCGUUACAUCUGGCCUGCCGCAAGGGUGACAGUGAGAUCCUGGUGGAGUUGGUGCAGUACUGCCACGCCCAGAUGGACGUCACUGACAACAAAGGAGAGACCGCCUUCCAUUACGCUGUACAAGGGGAAAACUCCCAGGUGCUGCAGCUCCUAGGAAAGAACGCCUCGGCCGGCCUGAACCAGGUCAACAAUCAAGGACUGACCCCACUGCACCUGGCCUGCCAGAUGGGCAAGCAGGAGAUGGUGCGCGUCCUGCUGCUUUGCAAUGCCCGCUGCAACAUCAUGGGACCCGGAGGCUUCCCCAUCCACACAGCCAUGAAGUUCUCCCAGAAGGGGUGUGCGGAAAUGAUCAUCAGCAUAGACAGCAACCAGAUCCACAGCAAGGAUCCUCGCUAUGGAGCCAGCCCGCUGCACUGGGCCAAGAAUGCCGAGAUGGCCCGAAUGCUGCUGAAGCGGGGCUGUGACGUGGACAGCACAAGUACUGCGGGGAACACGGCCCUGCAUGUGGCGGUGAUGCGCAACCGCUUUGACUGUGUCAUGGUGCUGCUGACCUACGGGGCCAACGCAGGUUUCCGAGGAGAGAAUGGGAACACGCCGCUGCACCUAGCCAUGUCGAAAGAUAACUUGGAGAUGAUCAAAGCCCUCAUUGUAUUUGGGGCAGAAGUGGACACCCCAAAUGAUUUUGGGGAGACUCCUGCAUUCAUAGCCUCCAAGAUCAGCAAACUGAUCACCAGGAAGGCACUCUUGAGUCUGCUGAGAACUGUCGGGGCCGACUACCGCUUCCCGCUCAUCCAGGGGGUCCCUACGGACCAGAGCUCUGCAACAACACCUCACCCCCUCUUCUCUCUGGACAAAACUCAGCCCCCAGAGAUCAGCUUAAACAGCCUAGAGCUUCAGGACCUCAUGCCCAUCUCCCGAGCGCGGAAACCAGCGUUCAUCCUGAGCUCCAUGAGGGAUGAGAAGCGAACCCAUGACCACCUGCUCUGCCUGGACGGAGGGGGUGUGAAAGGCCUGGUCAUCAUCCAGCUCCUCAUCGCCAUCGAGAAGGCCUCGGGUGUGGCCACCAAGGACCUCUUCGACUGGGUGGCAGGAACCAGCACCGGGGGCAUCCUGGCCUUGGCCAUUCUGCACAGUAAGUCCAUGGCCUACAUGCGUGGCGUGUACUUCCGUAUGAAGGAUGAGGUGUUUCGGGGCUCACGGCCCUAUGAGUCCGGGCCCCUGGAGGAGUUCCUGAAGCGGGAGUUUGGGGAGCACACCAAGAUGACAGAUGUCAAAAAACCCAAGGUGAUGCUGACGGGAACACUGUCUGACCGGCAGCCAGCGGAGCUCCACCUCUUCCGGAAUUACGAUGCUCCAGAGGCCGUUCGGGAACCUCGCUUCAACCAAAACAUUAACCUGAAGCCCCCAACUCAGCCUGCAGACCAACUGGUGUGGCGGGCGGCCCGGAGCAGUGGGGCAGCCCCAACCUACUUCCGGCCCAAUGGGCGCUUCCUGGACGGUGGGCUGCUGGCCAACAAUCCCACGCUAGAUGCCAUGACUGAAAUCCACGAGUACAAUCAAGACUUGAUCCGCAAGCAGUGCCUGUUGGAAUGCCUUGGGGACUCAGGAUGCCGUUGCCUGUGCGAUGCGCGAAGAGCACCUAGCCAGGGCCAGGGCAACAAGGUGAAGAAACUCUCCAUAGUCGUCUCUCUGGGGACAGGAAGAUCCCCUCAAGUGCCUGUAACCUGUGUAGAUGUCUUCCGCCCCAGCAACCCCUGGGAACUGGCCAAGACUGUUUUUGGAGCCAAGGAACUGGGCAAGAUGGUGGUGGACUGUUGCACAGAUCCAGAUGGCCGGGCCGUGGACCGGGCCCGGGCCUGGUGUGAGAUGGUCGGCAUUCAGUACUUCAGACUGAACCCCCAACUAGGAUCAGACAUCAUGCUGGACGAGGUCAGUGAUGCAGUGCUGGUCAACGCCCUCUGGGAGACGGAGGUCUACAUCUAUGAGCACCGGGAGGAGUUCCAGAAGCUUGUUCAGCUGCUACUGUCGCCCUGAGCCCCAGGCCCUGCUGGCAGGGAUGCACCAGGCCACCCAGCACACCGAGGGCCAAGCUGGGCCGGGCAGCUAGCUCCGUGUCCACCUGAGGACUGGGGCUCAGAGCACAGACAGGUUCCCACAAGGCACCUCUCCUGACCCAUCUGCACUUUGCCACUCUAGGCUGAAAGCCCAGAGUCCCCCCUCAGCCCCUUUAGCUGACUGUGAAGGACAAACCAGCUCCGUCAACUGCCCCACAUAUAAGAUACAAGUGAGACCAACACUAAGGUGCCCAGUGUGCCCAGAGUUCUCCCAAGUUCCCUGGCCACUGCAGCCCACUCCUUCUUCCCACUUCCUGAAGUCAGGGACUAGAGAAACGGGAUUCCACCUCAUCAUCUGGUGAAGUCCAGGCUAUUGAAGUCCAGCCCUGUUCGACUUUGCCCCUCUGCACCUGCCAGCCACCCCACCUUAGUUCAGCCCUCCCAGCUCCCAAAGGUCGAUCCUGUGCAUGCACUCUUCUCUGCAAGGAGAGUGGGGAGGGACUCGGGGCCACCUCAACUGUGAAAUAAACAGGGUUAGACUCAA